AUGCCCAGCAUCGGCGGCAUGGGUAAUCUUGGCUCGGUGAACAUGAAUGCCAACACUAUUGGCGGUUUAGGAGCCGGCGGUAGCAUGCUAGGCGGAGCGGGGGGAGGUCUUAUGGGCCCCCCUGUGAUCCCUCAAUCCAUGCAGCGACCAGAAAGAGACCAGAUAAGUAUACCUCCAACAUCUGCUGCACCGUUUAUGGGUCAGAGUCUUGAUAACACCGGUGUCCAGGGAUUGGGAAAUAUGGCUGGUGGCAUGGGUGGGAUACCGCGGCAACAAUCCCAACCGCCAAUCAACGCACACCAGCAAUCCCCUGCCCGUCAAAUACCCCCAGGCCACCGCUCCCCCAUGCCUCUUGUUCGCAAAGCCGGGGAGAUACCUGCCACUCCGGCGCUUUCCGGCACCCCAAACCCCGCCGCACCACAUCCAAGCGCAGCUGCGGUCCCGAAACUCCCCCCUCAUCUUGCAGGGCUCAAUCCCGCUGUAACCAAGAUCUCGUUAAUUCCCUAUACCGUACACCCGAAACCCGAAGCAACCACCGAUGGCGAAGAUGAGAAGGUGCCUGUUGAAGGUGCGACUGAUUCCGAAGAUGCUGUAAAAUUGCUGACCCCAUCGGAGAUCAUCAUGUUGAAGGAAAUCAUGAAACGUGAUACAGCAUACGAUGCACUACACCGUACCAAACAAGCACGUAUGGCCCAGGAGUUGCGCACGCAUGGUCCAGCGUCGCGAAGUGCCUGGUGGGAACGUGAUUAUGUUCAGACCAUGGGCAUGAACCGUAGGCCCGAACGUUUCGAUGUGAGAUAUCCAAGGGCACCCAAUGCGGACCGGGGCUCGAAUAUCAAUUCGAGGAAGAAGGGUGUGAGGAGAGAAGGCAUUCGGAUUCCUAGGAAACUUCCACCUCAGCUGGCCAACCGCCCUGAACAACUCGUGCCGAUCAGACUCGAGUUCGAUGUGGAGCAUCAUAAGAUGCGCGAGACCUUUGUAUGGAAUCUGAAUGAUCCUGUCAUCACUCCUGAGCAUUUUGCGCAGACGCUCAUUGAGGAUUAUGCACUGCCUCAGAGUUACCAUGGUGUCAUCACGAGAGCGAUUCAAGAGCAGCUGAGCGACUUCAGGGCUCAUAUUGCUAGCUUUCUUGAAGAUGAUGACCUGACCUUGGUGGAGCGGGGUAGUCUUGACGACGAGGACGUGAAAUGGUGGGAAUCAUGGCGCAAACGAUCACGGCAAGAAAGCGCAUUUACUCGCAGCAUAUCCUCGAGGAACCAACGUAAGCGACGCAAGGUGGCCUCAGUCACAGUCGAGGAAAGUGAUGCAUUUGAGACUGACAAGGAAAUGCCACACACCGUGGAUGAGAUCGAGGUUGAUGAGAAGAUAGUGCAUGAGGACUUACGGAUCUUGAUCAAGCUCGACAUUAUCGUCGGAUCUAUGAAGCUGGAUGAUCAGUUUGAAUGGGAUCUUGAAAAUGUGGAUGCUUCCCCUGAGCAAUUCGCUGACGUGUAUGUCAAGGAGUUGGGCCUUGGUGGGGAAUUCAAAACGGCCAUCGCGCACUGCAUACGCGAACAAGUUCAAAUUUAUCAAAAGUCGCUGUUCCUCGUCGGUCACCCCUCAGAUGGUUCUACUGUUCAAGACGAUGACCUGCGCAUGUCUUUCCUGCCCAGCCUCGCAUCUGGUGCUAGAGCAAUGGAUCAAGUACCAUCGUUUACACCACAGCUCAACUUUUACAGUGACGGAGAGAUCGAACGUAGUGAGAAAGAGAGGGAGAAGGAGCUCACCAAACGCAGGAAACGGAAUACUCGAGGACGUCGAGGUAUCGCUUUGCCAGAUCGGGAGCCUAAUCGCACGUACCGCACACCUGCCUUGGGUUUCCCAGAGCUGGAUGCCGCAACCCUUGCGUUGGCCGCCGCGAAUGCACCAACUUCGAGACGUGCUGCGGCCGCGGCUGCUUCUCUCACGAUUGCCAACAUGGUCGCCUCAGAAAAUGGCACAAGCAUCAUGCCGCUGCAGCUGCCUCCCCAGCAGAUCAUAUCUACUGCUGUUACUACUGGAAAAGAGAAGAAACCGAAAGGGUUGUUCAAGGCACCAUCGUAUCCUUCUUCAGUCCUUCGACCUCGUGCUCAGGUCACUGCUCCCACGCCGUCGACAGCGGUUGAAUCGACAUCGAUGUUGCCUUCGUCGUUCCUCGAUACUGAAGCACCUGCCUCCUCAGUUAGUGUCCCUGCCCCAGAUUCGCGAGCUGUCGCAAAGAAGGCCAAGGAGCUCGAAAGGGAGGCUAAGGAAAAAGAGUUUGUCGAUGGACAGCAUGCUAAUGUAAUCAAUGGGGUGUGGCACUGCUCCAACUGCGGCUGUCCGGAGAGCGUUGCUAUCGGACGAAGAAAGGGUCCUUUGGGCGACAAGUCGCAAUGUGGCACAUGUGGCAAAUUCUGGCAUCGACACCGUAGACCCCGUCCUGUAACAUAUAACCAAGAUCCCGACUACCAUUUGAGCCUAAGGCGCGAAACAGAACAGGUCAAAGUCGGGGUGAAACGAAAAGGACGAGCGCCAAAUUCUCAGGUGGCUGCUGACGGCCAAGAUACUCCUAGUCGACAAAAAUCAGACCUCUCCGUUGAUAUCUCUACUCGAUUGCCUGUUCCAGCUUCGGAAGACGACAGAGCCAUGUCGCCAGUAUCCACUGCCUCUAGUGAUACAGAAGCUCCUCUUGCCCAACGCGUCACAAAAAUCAACGGCGUCAAUCACGCAGGACUUGCGUCGUCGUCUGGGACUACUCCUCCAACAAACGGGAUUGUGCGUCCCAAAUCACCCACGGAAAGUAGUGCUCCAAUUUCAAACGGCUCAUACGUGAGCGUUUUUCCUCUGAGACCAGGAUCUUAUUGA